AUGCGCUCAUUUGCAACUUCCGCACUUGUCAGCCAGGCCCUUCUGGGCAGCCAUCGCGUGGCCAGCAGCUUCUUCGCCGGAGUACCGAAGGGUGCACCGGACUCGAUUCUCGGCCUGUCCCUUGAGUUCCAGCACGACAAGUACCCGGACAAGGUGAACCUUGCGGUCGGCGUCUACCGCGAUGAUGCGAAUCGACCGUUUGUUCUCGAGUCUGUAAAGAAGGCCGACACAAGCGGUGAUAUGGAGUACGCCCCUAUCAAUGGCGUGCCCUCUUUCCUGAAGGCUGCGCAGAAGCUUUGCUUCGGUGAGGACUGUGCCGCACUUCGUGAUGGACGCGUUGCAAGCUGCCAGGCGGUUGGGGGAACGGGGGCUCUGCGCGUUGGUGGUGAGAUGCUGAACCGCUUUGUCAACAACUGCAAUGUGAUGUACUCCCCCAACCCGGGGUACGCGAACCAUGGUGGCAUCUUCCAGGGCGCCGGUAUCAAGCUGGAGACGUACAAGUACUACGACCCGGCCACCAAGGGAAUUGACGUUGCCGGCAUGCUGCAGUCUCUGGAGAAGAUCCCGGAGCGCUCCGUCGUUCUCUUCCACGCGUGCGCGCACAACCCCACUGGUGUGGAUCCCACGCAGGACGAGUGGCGGCAGGUGGCCGAAGUGGUGAAGCGGCGCAACCUCCUGCCGUUUGUGGACAUGGCAUACCAGGGCUUUGCCACUGGUGACAUUGACCGUGACGCCUUCCUUCCGCGGCACCUGGCCAAGAAUGUGCCGAACCUCAUUGUGGCUCAGUCUUUCGCGAAGAACUUUGGCCUCUACGGACACCGCUGCGGCGCCCUGCACAUGAUUGCGGAGAAUCCGGCUGAGGUGGAACGCGUCCUUUCGCAGUACGCCCUCGUUAUUCGCCCCAUGUACAGCAACCCUCCCAUCUACGGUGCUCGUGUUGUCAGCUCCGUCCUGAACUCACCCGAGCUCACGACGCUGUGGAAGGAGGAGCUGAAGCAAAUGUCGGGACGCCUGAUUGAUGUGCGUCAUCGCCUGGUGAAGGAGCUCAAGGACUGCGGCUCUGUUCAUGACUGGUCGCACGUGGAGCGUCAGAUUGGUAUGAUGGCGUACACUGGUCUCACCAAGGAGCAGGUGGAGAUGCUGAAGGCGAAGCACCACGUGUAUAUGACGUUGAAUGGCCGUGCAGCUAUUUCAGGCCUGAACAGCACCAACGUCGUCUACGUGGCGAAGGCCUUCCACGAUGUCACCAAGUGA